GUACACAAAACGCAGUCGUCGCAUUGGCGCUUCAUGCUUGAAGAGUUUCAACUCUCUCUCCCUCGCAAAAGUUAGUCACUACGAGAAGGAAAUGUGAAUUGCUCAAGCAAUGUAGAAGCGACAAGAUCGAUUGACUCAGAAGGAGGUUUUUAAUUUGGGAUAUUUUUUUAAUUCCAGGGGAGAUAGAUCGGAUGGGUUUUUACCGGAAGUUCUCUUCUUCCGUGGAUGCACGCCAAGUGUUCGGCGAAAUGUCGAAGAGAAGCUUAUACCAGUGGAAUACUCUUCUUAAGAGUUUAUCCAGAGAUAAACAAUGGGAAGAUGUCCUCUGUCACUUUGUUCAAAUGUUCCGCGAUGAAGAAAAGCCUGAUAAUUUCACUCUUCCAGUUGCUCUCAAGGCCUGCGGUGAGUUGCGGGAUGUUAAGUAUGGGGAAAUGAUUCAUGGGUUUGUGAACAAGGAUCCCAAUUUUGUCUCUGACCUUUAUGUUGGAUCUUCUCUGAUUUAUAUGUAUGUUAAAUGUGGGAGAAUGACCGAAGCUUUGAAGGUGUUCGAUGAGUUGGAGAAGCCUGAUUUAGUGACUUGGUCUUCUAUGGUUUCUGGUUUUGAGAAAAACGGGUCUCCCUUUCAGGCCGUUGAGUUUUUCAGGAGAAUGGCUAUGGCUUCUGAUAUUACUCCUGAUCGGGUGACUUUAGUCACACUAAUCUCUGCAUGUACAAAGCUAUCGAAUUCAAGGCUUGGGAGAUGUGUGCAUGGUUUUGCGCUGAGGCGUGGGUAUUCAAAGGAUCUGUCUUUAGUAAAUUCGCUAUUGAACUGUUAUGCGAAGUCGAAUGCUUUCAAAGAAGCGGUUAAUUUGUUCAAGACGAUGGCAGAGAAAGACGUUAUAUCUUGGAGCACAGUGAUUGCUUGCUACGUUCUAAAUGGAUCUGCCGCUGAAGCAUUGUGUGUCUUCAAUGAGAUGAUGGAUCACGGAACAGAACCUAAUGUAGCUACUUUGCUCUGUGUUUUACAAGCUUGUGCAGCUGCUCAUGAUUUAGAGCAAGGUAGGAAGACUCAUGAAUUAGCCAUUAGGAAAGGUUUAGAGACAGAUGUGAAAGUCUCCACUGCUCUAGUCGAUAUGUAUAUGAAGUGUUUCUCCCCCGACGAAGCUUAUUCUGUUUUCUCCAUGAUUCCAAGGAAAGAUGUGGUCUCUUGGGUUGCUUUGAUAAGUGGCUUUACAUUAAAUGGAAUGGCUCACAGAUCAAUUGAGGAGUUUUCCAUGAUGCUGCUGGCAAAUAAUACCAGGCCUGACGCUAUUCUUAUGGUCAAGAUUCUCGGGUCAUGUUCGGAGUUGGGUUUUCUCGAACAAGCUGAAUGCUUUCAUAGUUAUGUGAUUAAAUAUGGAUUUGACAGUAACUCAUUCAUCGGAGCGUCUCUUGUCGAGCUUUACUCGAGAUGUGGCAGUCUAGGCAAUGCUUCUAAAGUAUUCAACGAGAUUACUUUAAAGGACACUGUGGUUUGGACCUCUUUGAUCACUGGUUAUGGAAUUCAUGGGAAGGGCUUUAAAGCGCUGGAGACAUUUAGUCACAUGGUCAACAGCUCAGAAGUUGAGCCUAACAAAGUGACAUUUCUCUCAGUCUUAUCUGCUUGUAGUCACGCAGGUUUGAUACACGAGGGGUUGAGCAUAUUUGAGUUGAUGGUGAAUAAAUAUAGAUUUGUUCCUAACUUAGAACACUAUGCUGUAUUGGUUGAUCUUCUUGGUCGUGUAGGAGAACUAGAUACUGCCAUUGAAAUCACAAAGCGGAUGCCUUUUUCACCAACACCUCAAAUCUUGGGUACUCUUUUAGGCGCGUGUAGAAUUCAUCAGAAUAAUGAGAUGGCAGAAAUUGUGGCAAAGAAGCUUUUUGAAUUGGAAUCUAAUCAUGCUGGUUAUUACAUGUUAAUGUCGAAUCUGUAUGGGGUUAAGGGAGAGUGGGAGAGUGUGGAGAAGUUGAGAAAUUCAGUGAAGCAGAGAGGAAUUAAGAAAGGCCUGGCAGAGAGUUUGAUUGAGAUAACAAGAAAGGUACAUAGAUUUGUGGCGGAUGAUGAUUUGCAUCCCGAGAAAGAGCCGGUUUAUGGAUUGCUCAAAGAGCUGGAUUUGCAUAUGAAAGCAGACUUGGAAUAUUCUGUGUACUUCGAAUAUGAGGGAGACAGCUUGUGAUUCAGUGUAUGCAUAAGCUUGAAGCCAAGAUCUCUGUCUUUCUCGGCAACGAUACAUGAUCUUGAAUUCAUCACAGGAGAAAAACUCAAGAUUUUUUUAGCAAGGCCGUAUGCUUUUUUAGUCAAUUCAGAAGAUUUUGAUGACAAGAUUCAUAGAGGAGAGUACUCUGAUUAUAAGGGUAGAGCAGAC